AUGAAUUGGUUCAAACAGCAAUUAGCCAAUGUCGUUGGCACCGAGGAGCCCGAGUACGGCCCUUCAGCGAUACAACCCGUGACAAAGCAAGCCGAGAUGAAGCCCUAUUCAGUCCUCAGCAGAGAUGACCUACGAUGGAAGGCCCUGGAGCACACCAACGUGGAAACCGAGACCUUCUACUUCUUCACCGACGACGGAACGACAGCCAUGGCACAAAUCAUCUAUAGUAACGUUGGUGGGAUCCGUACAACCUGUCAAUUCAAUAGCAAGAUCUUCGAUCAUGAGGGCGUUGGGAAACAUCAAUGGUGCUCAGAUCCACUGCACAAUUACGGAUUCGAUGAAUCGCAGACUUGCUUCUUCGCCGACGAUGUAUCCAUGGAGUUGAACGAGGCGGGUGAUGCAUAUACAAUCAAGUCGGCCAGGAAUGAGGACUGUAUCAUCAGUUUGGUGGUCACAAGAACGGCCCCCGGUUUCCAAGUGGGAGAGGAUGGCACUAGUUACUUUGGAACAGACCCUGCGGAACCCUGGGGUUCGAUGCGACAUGCUUUCUGGCCCAGGUGCACUGUUACAGGGACCAUUCAAACGCCAUCCAAGACAUACCAGAUGAAGGGAAGAGGAAUGUAUGUGUAUGCCCUUCAGGGCAUGAAGCCUCACCAUUUGGCGUGCCGGUGGAACUUUGUCAACUUCCAAACACCAACUUACUCGGCUGUUUUGAUGGAGUAUACAACUCCCCAAUCCUACGGAAAGACUGUCGUGUCGGUCGGCGGGAUCGCCAAGGACAAUGCUCUCGUGACGGCCGGCAUCUGUGAAGCCAAACAUGUGACAUCGAAACAGGAAUCGGAAAACGACUGGCCUGAACCGACAGAGGUUUCUUUCGAGUGGAAGGAUCAGAAUGGAGGGAAGACCAAUGUAGGAGAGAUCAGUGGUGCUCUCCCUCCGAAAGCCGAUCGCAUCGAGGUUCUGGCUCACUUGCCUGGUUUCGUGAAAUCCUUCAUCUCGGGCGCGACGGGCCUGAAGCCUCACAUCUUUCAGUACUCUUCGAACGACCAACUCACGUUGAAAGUGAAGGAUGGCGAACAGGAAGUUUCCGAGCCUGGCCGCCUUUUUUGUGAAGCCACCUUCAUCUCCUAA